CGUUGUCAUCAGUAUCUCUGGCGCAAUUGGUCCAUCUUUUAUGAGAUGUUCCAAAAAUAGGGAAAAGAAGAGGGGAAAAGAAAAAAGAAAAAAGUAGUCCAAGUAUAAGAUCUAUUGAGAAACAAAAUCGAAACAAAGGCCAGAACUUUCUCUGCAACCGAUUCUCAAUUCCGAUUCCACAGAGUUGUUUGACUUUUAUAGACGAGAAUGGAAUCUAGCAGGGCUGGCCAGAAUGGAAUUCAACUCCUUCUAGCUGCCGAGCAGGAAGCCCAACGCAUUGUUAAUGUUGCCAGGACUGCUAAACAAGCUAGAUUGAAGCAGGCCAAGGAGGAAGCUGAGAAGGAUAUAGCUGAAUUCCGUGCUUACAUGGAGGCUGAAUUUCAGAGAAAGCUUGAGCAGACUAGUGGUGACUCAGGUGCUAAUGUCAAACGUCUUGAGAUUGAAACUAAUGAAAAGAUUGAGCACCUGAAGACUGAAGCGUCAAGAGUCUCUGCUGAUGUCGUCCAAAUGCUUCUGAGGCACGUAACUACAGUGAAGAACUAAAAUCUUCUGUGGAUGUAGUGGGUCACGCUUAAUGUCAUGUUGCAGAUUUAUGCUCCCCCUAUUUAUGGUUCUUUGUGUGUUUGUUAUCAUUAUUUAUUGUCUUGGUCUGUUGAAUAAAGUAACUCAUUUGAGCUCCUUUCUACCUAUGUUUUGUAAACUACAGAUCAGAAACCAAGGUUCAGCGUCUAGGCAUGUCAGUUUCUUAUGUAUCUAGAUUCCGAGGAGUUAUGAAAUGGACUUGUCUCUGCAUGUAUUGUGUUGUAUGAAGUGAUGCAGCUGUAAACAGGAGUGUGACUGUCUUUCUGUUGAUAAAUUUGUAGUUUCAAGA